AUGUCGUACCCUGAUCAGCGGCCCGAUUCCGAAUGGCAGGCCAUUCUCAAUAAAGAGCAAUUCCGAAUUCUGCGAGAAAAGGGAACCGAGCCUCCUGGCUCUGGCAAGUUUGACAAGCAUUAUCCCGAGGAGGGAGUCUACACUUGCGCUGGGUGCAAUGCACCACUCUACAAGGCCAAUCAUAAAUUCAAGUCUGGAUGUGGAUGGCCUGCCUAUUUUGAUAGCAUCCCUGGUGCUGUAACCAGGCACGAGGAUCGCGGAAUGGGCAUGCUAAGAACAGAAAUUGUUUGCUCCAACUGCGGUGGUCACCUCGGUCACGUCUUCAAGGGCGAGGGAUUCGCAACACCUACAGAUGAGAGGCAUUGUGUCAACAGCGUCAGUCUCAAUUUUUCGGCCGAUGAUAAAGCGGUAGAGAGCGGCUCUAGGGAGAGCAAGGCUUAA